AUGUGUAAAGCCAGGGAGAGUGAAGAACUGAGUGAAGUGGAGGAGGAUCAUCAUGUCAAACCUGAAGAAAAACCUUUGAGUCGCUCAAAGACUAAAAAUACAUUUUUAAAGAAAAGAGACAAGAAAUCUACAGCCUGCACUCAGUGUGGAAAGAGUUUAUCAACCAAAAAAAGUCUUGAUGUUCACAUGAGAAUUCAUACAGGAGAGAAGCCACACACAUGUGAUCAAUGUGGGAAGAGUUUUACAUCAAAACAAAGUCUUGAGAUUCACAGUGCAGUUCAUACCGGAGAGAAGCAGUUUGCAUGUAAUGAAUGCAGCAAAACGUUUCUCUCGGCAUCAGCCCUGAAGAGACACCUGAGAGUUCAUACAAAGGAGAAGCCACAUUCAUGUUCUGUGUGUGGAAAGAGUUUUUCACAGCUGUGUAGUUUACAAAGACAUGAGAAAAUACACACUGGUGUGAGAGAGUACAUGUGCUUUGAGUGUGAGAAGACUUUUACUACAUGGAGUGAUUUAAAAAAGCACCAGAGAAUUCACACUGGAGAAAAACCUUACGAGUGUUCACACUGUGACAAGAGAUUCAGUGUGUCAUCACAUCUGAAAACACAUGAGAGGAUCCACACUGGAGAAAAAACUCACAAGUGUUCACACUGUGACAAAAAAUUCAGUCGUUCAUCAUCUUUGAAAACACAUGAGAGGAUCCACACUGGAGAAAAACCUCACAAUUGUUCAUACUGUGACAAGAGAUUCAAUCUGUCAUCACAUAUGAAAAGACAUGAGAGGAUCCACAGCAGACAGAAGAUGCACACGUGUGAUCAGUGUGGAAAGACUUUCACUAUUAAAAGUCAACUGAAGAUACACAUGAAGAUCCACGCAGUGGAGAAACCACAUCACCACAGUCUGAAAUCACGAUAAGUAGUUAAUCUUUGUGCUGAGAAACAAGUAGUUUCCUUACAGCCACAAUAAGUGGCAGGACAGUUUGGUGGUUGCUUAGUGUCUGCUUGGAAAAUCUGAAUUUUCUCCUGAAAUUACAACAGAAUGAUCAAAUCACUGUUUAAACAGACUGUAUGAAUUCUUCCCUUAAGGUCAGUGUGACAAACUAGUGACUUACACUUAGUGAACAAACUUCCAUGUUUCUAUCAUUGUCAUUUACAACAUAACAAUAAAACAACCUACAACUGACUAU